UCGAAAUGCCUUUUGAGACACGUACCUGUUGUUAUUGUUUCGUUAUCCUUAGUUUGCUCUCCACGUAAAUAGUGAUACAGUCGCUCGUUAUAAGAAUCAUUACCAUGCUUACUCACUACCUGAUACAUGUGUAGUCGCUAUAUAUAUUAUAAAUGACUAAAAUAUUAUUCUUCUAAUAUGAUGGAUGUGAAAAUGGACGCGUUACUAUUAACGCUGCUGUUAAAUAUUAGCCUGGUAUUUAUCCAGGCGAUGGAAUUAUUCACCAAUAGAGACGUCGGAAAUUGCUUAGAAGCUACCUCUUAUGAUCGUUUAACGAACGUAGUGGAGCCACUAAAAUAUAAUAUUAAAUUCAACAUAAGAUUACAUUAUCAGACGAUCAUCGGUGAAAGCCAUAUCAGAAUACGAAUUGCAAACUCAACCAAUAUUGUGGCUUUACAUGCCCACAAGCUCAAAAUAAAUGGUUAUGAGUUGCACCUCACAAAAUUUAAUAAAACAUGGAGUGAGGACGUUGUGAAUGGCAACGGUAACAGCAACGACAACGACAACGGCAACGGCAACGGCAACGGCAACGGCAACGGCAAUGGCAAUGGCAAUGAAAACGAUAACGGUGAAAACGGUAAUAAUGGCAACGGUGAAAACAGCGAUUUUGUUUUGGAUGAUUACAAACUGCAAGACUAUAGUUACUGUACCGUAUCGCAGAUCUUAGAGUUAUAUUUUGACAAAGAAUUGCAUCGUGGAUAUUACGUUCUAUAUAUGUCAUUCACAGCUCCUUUGUCCAGAUACAAAGGCUUCAUCCAAUAUCCGUACCUUCAGGAUGAAAUAAGUACAAGAUGGAUGGUUACAACAUUUGUUGAACGGAAUGAAGCCCGAAAGAUGUUUCCAUGCUGGGACGAACCAGCGAUGAAAGCUUUCUUCAACAUUUCCGUCCAGCAUUCGGGCCGCUACAUUGUCUUCUCAAAUACGCCUAUACGACGAGUGGACAAAGAUGAUGAACACGAUAUACAUGUCACGUAUUUUAAAACCACGGCCGCAAUUUCACCUUCUUCCAUAAUGAUCACGAUAAUCAACGAUGUCGUCAGCCACCCUAUAGAAUUUGCGGUCAGCACUAUAUGGUAUAGAGAGGAAGUAACAGAUUUGUUGCAUUACACACGCAAUAUCAUUGAAUCGGUCAGAGACUAUUUGUCCUUGACUACGGACGUACAAGAAAAGAAACGCAGAACAAAUUUGAUCAUGAUUCCAAACAAUCCAUUGAAGUCCAUAGGAUGUUGUGGACUUUAUCUUUACAGAGAGCAAGAUUUUACAUAUGAUGAAAAAAUCCAUUUCUCUGGUCGCAAAAUUGCUAUAGCGAAACAGCUGGCGCAUAACAUAGCACGUCGAUGGUUUUUGGGGGUGGUCAGUCCAUCUUGGUGGACUGAUUCCUGGUUAGGAGAAGCACUUGCCGUGUACUUCUCUCAUUAUACCGUAGCCAAGAUGAAGCAAGAUCCUAUGUACAUACAUCUCUUUGUCGUCCAGACGCUACAGCCUACAUUUCGUUACGAUGUUAUGCUCCAAAUGCAAUCUAUUGCAGAAACAUACGAAGAUAUUGCUGAAAUCGAUGCAAACGAGAUCGACACGACGUUUUAUUUUCAUCUGAGUAACAAUAAAGGUGCCAUCUUUAUUCGCAUGUUGCAAAAUCUUCUCGGAGUUCCAAAUUUCCGAGAAGUUGUCGACAGAUAUGUGAGCAAAUAUAAGUCCAGUUCUGCCACCAUCAACGACUUUUGGAAAGUAGCACAAGCAGUUUAUGACAAAUCAGAGGAAAGUGACUAUAAUAUAAAAGAAACAAUGCAUACAUGGUUAAAGGGAAAACAAUAUCCUGUACUGUAUUUGAAAACUAAUUUUAGUACUUCUAAGACAAUAGUUUCAGCAUCGUGUGAGGACGGCAGUAACUGGAUAAUACCUGUAACUUAUAGCAAACUGUCAACCAUCCCUCACCGACAAACUGUUCAUGUUACGGAGCUCAAAUGCUCCAUAAGUGAUGAUUUAGAUGAUGUUCAAAUAGAUGAUAUAAUCAUAUUAAAUCACAAACAAGUUGGAUACUACCGUGUCAAUUACGACAACAAAAACUGGAGAAAAAUUUCUUCUUACUUACGGUUCGACAAUUAUACCGAUAUUCACGUCCUCAAUCGUGCUGCAUUCAUCGAUGAUGUGUAUUAUUUUAUGACAAAAGAUGAAGUUGAAAUCUCGGUUUUCUUCGAUAUCAUGAAAUAUUUUAAACGGGAAACAGAUUUUGUUGCAUGGUAUCCUAUGUUUAAUAUUUUGUCAUAUUUGUCAGAUUAUUUCGAAAAUACAAAUGAUAGAUUUGUGACACCACACAUAUUAGAUAUCUUGAGUGCACUCAUUAAGAAUAUCGGUUACGAUGAAAAACCUGAUGAUGAUGACAUGAAGAAGUCGUUACGAUUAUUGGCAGUAAAAUGGGCUUGCAAACUCGGUUAUCAAGAGUGUCGAAAAGCUGCCAACAGUAGACUGGACAUGCACAUAAAGAAUCCAGUGGCAUAUCAAAUUGUACCAUACUGGAAAGACUGGGUUUAUUGCACGGGCAUGGAAAUGGUAAGCCUCGACACCUGGCAUCAGAUGCUGAACAACGGAAUAAAGAAUAAGGAUUUGGAGAUUUUAAUGUACUUAACUUGUUGCAACGAAGAUUCACUUCUUUUGUAUUAUUUAAAUUUCCUUCUGGUAUACGAUGAUCUGAAUUCGAUGAGCCAGAAAAAGUUUCUAGAUAGUGAUGAGCGUUUCAGAAUUUUUAAUACUCUACUAAAAAGACACGUGGGUAAAGAGAUAGUGUUUAGAUUCGUCUUACAGAAUUAUAAAAAUAUAUCGCUCAGGUUUGGUAGAACUCUAAUGGAAAUACUAGGUGAUGCUAUUAUGAAUAUGAAAUAUUCGUUAGAAUUCGACAUGAUAAGAGAGUUUGCAAAGCAAUUCCCAACAGAUGAUAGUAAUUAUGAGAAUAUACAGUACUUAUUAGAAGCACGAAUUAAUCGAAUAAAUAAAAUAAUAGACGAGUAUAACUAUUUUUAAAAUUGGGAGAAUGGAAAUCUAAUAGAAAUCAUUCAUUCAAACAGAUUCAUUUGAUAAACAACCGGAUAUGAUAUCUAGUUA